UCUUGCUAAUGUCAUUUGUAACUACACCUGGUUUAGAAGACUAUCAAGAAGAGGCCAAUCUGGCCCUGAUCUUUGAUAAAUACAAGGAUAAAUUCACAACUUUCCCAAAAGAGAAAGGUUGGAUGACCGAAGAGCUAUACAAGUAUCAAGGCUUUUGGCACCAAUCGAAAAACGUUGUCUCAGUUGAAACUGUGAUGGCUACGCAAGACACUUUCCAAGCUCUUCCAACCGACAUCUACUUAGCCACACUGCCGAAAUCAGGCACAACAUGGCUAAAAGCCCUUGUGUUUUCUACUGUGAACAGAAACAUGUACAAAAACAAGCCUCUAUCAUCUCAUCCGCUACAAACUUCUAACCCUCAUAAUUGUUUGCCUUUUGUUGAGUGUGAAGUUUUAAAAACCAGCCCUACUUAUGUUGAUGCAUAUUUACCCCGUCUCUUUGCUACCCAUAUGCCUUACACUUCAUUGCCCCAAUCCAUUCUUGAUUCUCGUUGUCGCAUAGUUUAUAUGUGUAGAAAUCCUAAAGAUGUGUUAGUCUCUUUGUUUCACUUUGCAAAUAAUUUGAGAGGAAAAUCUCAGAAUGUAAUGACAUUCGAGGAGGCUUUUGAAAUGUUUACUAAAGGUGUUAUACCAAAUGGACCAUAUUGGGAUCAUGUGAAAGGGUACUACAAAAUCGGUUUGGAACAACCAACAAAGAUUAUGUUUUUAACAUAUGAGGACAUGAAAAUGGACACACCAAAGUAUUUGAGGCGCCUCGCAAAGUUCUUGGGAUACCCUUUCACAGAGGAGGAAGAGGCCAAAGGGAAGGAAAAGUUGGAGACUGGAGGAAACAUCUAACAACCGAAAUGAGUGAGACGUUGGAUCAAAUUACGAAAGAAAAGUUUGAUGGUUUGGAUCUCGUACUAACUGAUUGAUUGUGACAAAUUGGGUCACACAGGUUUGAAUACUCUAUUGUUAGAAAAAAAUGUUUAUGAUUUCAGUAAGUCUUAUAAUUGUUCCGGAAUAAAAGUUGAGUGAGAAUGUAAUAAGUUUGUAAACUAUAUUAAUAAUUGUUCCAGAAUAAAAGUUGAGUGAGAAUGUAAUAAGUUUGUAAAUUAUAUUAUUGUGGUGUAUGAAACUAUAAAUACAUGCUUUUUAUAGACA